AUGUUGUGCAGGGCUUUUACCACGGGGACCCCUCCAGCACCACGGUACCACCACUCAGCUGUGGUCUAUGGGAGCAGCAUGUUUGUGUUUGGUGGCUACACUGGAGACAUUUAUUCCAAUUCCAACCUGAAGAAUAAAAAUGAUCUCUUUGAGUAUAAGUUUGCAACUGGGCAGUGGACAGAGUGGAAGACUGAAGGCAGGCUGCCUGUGGCGAGGUCGGCGCACGGCGCCACCGUGUACAGUGACAAGCUCUGGAUCUUCGCGGGAUACGACGGCAACGCACGGUUAAACGAUAUGUGGACAAUUGGCCUGCAGGAUAGAGAGCUAACAUGCUGGGAAGAGAUUGAACAAAGUGGUGAAAUUCCUCCUUCGUGCUGUAAUUUUCCUGUGGCUGUUUGCAAAGACAAGAUGUUUGUUUUCUCUGGCCAGAGUGGAGCCAAGAUUACCAAUAAUCUCUUCCAGUUUGAAUUCAAGGAAAAGAUUUGGACACGGAUUCCUACCGAGCACUUACUUCGAGGCUCUCCUCCUCCUCCCCAGCGGAGAUACGGCCACACCAUGGUUGCCUUCGACCGGCACCUCUACGUCUUCGGGGGGGCUGCAGACAACACGCUGCCCAACGAGCUGCACUGCUACGAUGUGGACUCUCAGACCUGGGAAGUUAUCCAGCCCAGCCCAGACAGUGAGGUAAAACAUGGGAGACUCUUCCAUGCUGCAGCUGUGAUCUCAGAUGCCAUGUACAUCUUUGGUGGCACAGUGGACAAUAACAUCAGGAGUGGAGAAAUGUACAGGUUCCAGUUUUCCUGUUACCCUAAAUGCACUCUGCAUGAAGAUUAUGGAAGGCUGUGGGAAAACAGGCAGUUCAGUGACUUGGAGUUUGUUUUGGGAGAGAAGUAAGAGCGGGUUCGAGGUCACGCUGCCAUUGUUACAGCCCGCUGCAAGUGGCUGAAAAAGAAGAUCAUGCAGGCCAGGGAGAGGUUGAAACAGAAAUCAAAGCAAGAUGUUGAAGAUGAGGGACAUGCAAUGUGUCAGAAGGAUGGGAUUGGUGGGAAUGUCAAGUUGUGCCGCCUGCAGCCGCUGCUGGAAGUGCCCAUCCGAGAGGCUGAGGCCCAGCCCUUCGAGGUGCUCAUGCAGUUCCUGUACACGGAUAAAAUAAAAUACCCUCGCAAAGGUCAUGUGCAGGAUGUGUUGCUUAUUAUGGAUGUGUACAAACUGGCCUUGAACUUCAAGCUCUCCCGGCUGGAGCAGCUCUGCCUUCAGUACAUUGAAGCGUCCGUAGAUCUGCAGAACGUGCUCAUUGUCUGUGAAAAUGCCAACAAGCUUCAGCUGGACCAGCUGAAGGAACACUGCCUGAACUUUGUGGUGAAGGAGUCACAUUUUAAUCAAGUAAUAAUGAUGAAAGAGUUUGAGCAUCUUUCUUCAUCCCUUAUCGUGGAGAUUGUUCGGAGGAAACAGCAGCCUCCUGUUCGCACCCAUUCCGACCAACCGCUCGACAUCGGAACAUCUUUAAUUCAGGAUAUGAAGGCUUAUCUAGAAGGAGCUGGGACUGAAUUCUGUGAUAUCAUCCUGCUCUUGGAUGGCCACCCACGGCCAGCCCAUAAAGCCAUCCUAGCUGCCCGCUCCAGUUACUUUGAAGCCAUGUUCCGUUCCUUCAUGCCAGAAGAUGGGCAAGUGAAUAUUUCCAUUGGUGAAAUGGUUCCCAGCAAACAAGCCUUUGAAUCUAUGCUGAGAUACAUUUAUUAUGGAGAAGUAAACAUGCCUCCUGAAGACUCCCUCUACCUCUUUGCUGCUCCUUACUACUACGGCUUCUCCAACAACAGACUGCAGGCCUAUUGUAAGCAGAAUCUGGAAAUGAAUGUCACAGUGGAGAAUGUCCUGCAGAUAUUGGAGGCAGCUGACAAGACCCAGGCCCUGGACAUGAAGAGGCACUGCCUGCACAUCAUCGUUCACCAGUUCACCAAGGUCUCCAAGUUGCCAAAUCUCCGCUCCCUGAGUCAGCUGCUCCUCCUUGACAUCAUAGAGUCCUUAGCUAACCACAUAUCAGACAAGCAGUGUGCAGAGCUGGGCUCAGACAUAUGA